AUGGCUGGUGAGAGGUUGGUGACAGCACACACGCCAGAGACCAGGGCGCGCGUGGAUCUGGUGAUGCGAUUCUCAGAGGCGUUUAUGCAGCAGGUCGUUGGCAGCUCGUCUCAGAAAGACCUGUUGCACCUGGAGUACAUGCAGUAUCUGUCAGCGCCAGGGGCACUGCAGGCGCCACACGCUACCAGCGGGCAUUUGAACGCCGUUUGGACGCACAAGCUGACCCGGGACAACAUUGACAGCAUCUGCAGCGCUCGCAUCCCCACCGCUGUAAUUCAUGGAGUGGACGACAUUGUAGCACACGUCUCCCUGGGAGAGAAGGUGGCCAAGCGCCUGGCACCCAUAGCGCGGUUCAUCCCGCUUCUAGGGGCGCACAUGCUGGUGCGAGAGCGGAUAGAAGAGGUGAACGCAUGUCUGGAAGAGUUGUUUCAAGCCGCAGAGGCAUGUGUGCCUGUGGAGCAGUGGGUGCAGCGUCGCAGCAAUGUGUACCUGCCUGAAUCGGCGCGGGAGCGGCAUGGGAAGGCCGAGGAGAGGAAGCUUGUGACGCGAUUUAGCCAUGGUGCUGCUCUCUCUCCUUAA